AUGGCGAUUUUUGUGGAACAUUUAGAAGCCGAUGAAGAGGUUGAAUGGUGUUACCCUAUGGAGUGUUCUCUCAAGAACAAGAGUUUUAUCAGUGCUAUUCUGCAUUGUCCAAAGCCAGGAUUUCAUCCUAUUGGUCCUAUCACAAGAAACUCUGAUAACCAGAGUGUGAGGCACAUCAAUGUGGUACUCAGUCCAUUUUACUAUGAGUGGUUCCUUGGUUACAACAGACAACAGCAAAAUGGAAGUCAAGAAGAGUUCAAGCUAUGGAUUAUUGACCCAAAGCAUAUCUCCGAGUAUGAGAGGAACAGAACAGUUUUGUUUCCUUCUCAAUUAAACAGCUACUGGAAGUUCUCUGUAAGCAGUGCAACUAAUCAUCAGAUGAGUUUCGAGAUAGAUGGACAGUCAGUUGCUCUUCAUGAUCGCUUUAUCAGGAAAAGCUUUGUACAAUUGCUGAUAACCAAGUUUGACUUUCCUGCUGGUAGCAUUCCAAACCAAGCAGAGGAUCCAUGUGCUCCUCAUGUUGCCGUCCUAAUAAGCUCAGAAUUUCUUCGCACUCAAGACAAUUUUGCUACUGCUAUCAAACUGAAGGUGCCAUCCACUGCACUAAUGCAGUCUGAAGCAAUUGUCAAGCUGGCUCUGUUUUCGGCAGAAAACCUUUUGGUACUCUUAGAGUCAGGACAACUUCUCAUAUUUAAUGGAACAGGACAAACUUGGGGCAAUCCAUUGGGAUUACCAAACUUUGGGUUGACUGGUCUGGCAUCACACAAGAUAUGUUUUGAAGGUGCAAACAGUGAGAUCAUGAAGAAUUUGGUUUUGGGAUGGUCAAAUGAGAGUAGUGGCAAUAGGAUUUACCUUUCAAAAAACAGUGGGGUUUCCUUUCAGCAACUUCUGUUUCCUACACAGAGUUUCUCUGUUAUAUCUGUGCUGCAUGUUGAACUACAUUGUUUUUUCCCUAUUGCAACUUUCCUGGUAAAUACCACAAGUUAUCAAAACCUGGGAAAGACAGUGUUCAUGCAGUAUGACUUUAUGGAGGAUACCUGGAUACAAGAGUUACUUACACUUUCUGGUUUUAGCCAAGAUCCCCCAAGCCAUUUCUCAUUUAUUCCUCCAAGUACACAGUAUUUGAUUGCUUGGGGUCAGAAAUUGUUUGCUUUUGGAAGACUUAAUGGAACAGGGAGUGUUUUUAAGGUGAAGAGACAAGGACAUCUCUCUGACUUUGUUCUUAAUGUCAAUGAAACUAUAGUGUCUUUGAUAACAGGUGGAAAUGGAGAUUUUGCUGUGCAGUUGUCAAACAAAAGGUUAUUUUAUGGAAGAGCAUUUGUUGAACAUGUGGUUGAGAUUUUUCCAGGAGAAGACACAUCUUCAAAUUUUACAGUGAUGUUUGAUAUAUUUAGUUCUUUGCUGCUGAUUACAAGCAAUGGGGGCAUAGUUAAAACAAGAAAGCUGCCUCUGGCAAAUGAAGUAUUGAAUGCAGUAUUCCCACAAAAAUCAUGUCCUUAUUUAAAAUUCACUACUAGUGUCAGUCCAGAGUUGUAUUUCAUGGACAAGGGAGAUGAAACAAAGGUCUGGGCAGUUCUUAUUUAUCCCAGGACAGAACCUAAUGACGUCAGGCUGGAAAUCUCCAGUGUUGAUGUUCUCCAAAUCACCAGUGAAGAUCAUGUGCAACACUAUAAGGGACUUGUGACACUGAAUAAGACUUUUACAUUCAGAUACAACUUUAGAAAUGGAACUUCAUUGCAAAAAAACUCCUACAAAUCAACUGCAGUUGCUGUCCAGCUUUUGCCAAAGGUUGGAGAAUUGUCCUGUGAAAAUAGUCUCCAGGUGCUACAUAUUCAUGUUGGGUGUCCGCCACUCAAGAGCAUUGUGAUAAGGAACUGUACUUCAUCAACUGGUGUGGAGUCUGCACCAAUCUUAUCCACGGAUUAUGGCCAAAAUCCCUGCCGUUUGAAUGCUGCCAUUUAUGAAAAUAUCAAGCUAGUGGUAGAUCUAUACGAAGGUGACAAGUUCGUGGAAGAGGUGCGCACUGAUUAUGUAGUCUGGGAAGAAACAGGCAGAACAGACUAUGGAUACACUGCAACCAUGAGUGAGGUCAGGUGUUUAUCUGAAGCCCAAACGUUGAGAAAACUUUCGGAAAAUACCUCCGAGGAUUUAAACAGAAUCUGGACACAAAAUAAAUAUCAAAGUUGUUUUGAGGCCAGUAACGAUGGCAAGACAUUUGAUGGAAGUCAACCGUAUGAGAUUCUUAACUCUUCAGGAGUCUCUCAGCUGGUGUUUCAAGGUUCAGGAAGCUUUCACUUCCAACUCAGAGUUGUUGGAAACCACUUGAGUUUCUGUGAGCUGACCUCACAGUUCUCGGUACAGGUAACAGACAGGGAAGGGAAAAAUUUCUUGUCACAAAUUGCGUCUGUUGCUGUGGUGACCCUCAUUAGCACAGUGCUUCUUUACCUAAACUUCGCAAAGUAUACUAAACGGACACUGAACAUACAUCAGGAAGAUGAACAGGAACAGCAAAGACUACAGGAACUCAAGUAA